UGCAACAGUGCCAGGAAACACGGAUCCUCUCCUCUCCUCUCCUGGGAAACCCCAAAGGCCCUCCCGCAGCCCCUGCUGUGUCUAUGACUGCCAUGACACCUUGCCGGAAGUGCUGCCCCCGCCCCUCGACCCAGCUAUUGGUUGGCUUGCUAUGCAGCCUGGUCACCCUCUUGGUUCUUGGCUUCCUGGCCACCAUCCGCCCUGAGGAGUCGUUCUCACGCUCGCUGCCCUUGCUGAUAGGCAGCGGUCUGGGGAAGCGACACAUAGACACCCUGUUCCUGGCGCCACCCACCGCCUUCCUGCUGUCUCCAUCGCCCUGUGCCCUGACUGACCCCUGGCUAGUGGUGCUAGUGGCCAGUGCAACCGGGCAUGCAGCCCAACGGGCAGCGGUGCGGCGUAGCUGGGGGAGUGUGAGGGUGACAGGGGGGCGGAGUGUGCGCACUGUCUUCACACUGGGGCUGCCUGGGGAUGUGGCACAGCAGGCAGCAUUGGAGCGCGAGGCGGCCAAGCACAGCGACCUGUUGCAGGCACGCUUCACCGACACCUACGCAAACUUAACACUGAAGACGCUGGCGAUGCUGGGCUGGGCCACCACCCGCUGCCCCACCGUCCGCUUCCUGCUCAAGGCCGAUGAUGACGUCAUCCUCAAUUUGCCUGCCCUGGUGCGAUACCUGGAGCAGCUGGCCGGCCCACCCGCUGCCUAUCUGGGCCAGGUGUACUCACAUGUGGAACCCAUCCGUGACCCACAUAGCCGGCACUACGUGCCCACCUCACUCUACCCGGAACCCACCUUCCCACCCUACUGCAGCGGCACCGCCUACGUUCUCUCUGCCUCAGCCGCUGCUGCUGUCCUGGGUGCUGCACGCCAGCUGCCGCUGCUACCCAUAGAGGAUGUGUUUGUGGCGCUGUGUGCCCACCAUGCUGGCAUUGCCCCGCACCACCUGGACUAUAUGGCUGGGGCUACCCACUACCCACCUGACGCCUGCUGCUACCGGGAGGUGCUCUUCAGUGUGCACGAAGUGCCGCCAGACGAAAUGCUGUCCAUGUGGGAGGCGGCUGAGCAGCCGUGCACCACCUGGCAGCGCUUCCUUGGCCUGACCCGCUGCAAGAUCCUGGCUUGGCUGGCUGCAGAGGACACCCCGUGACUGCUUU